AUGCCCAUGUUCCUCAAGAUUGCUCAGUACCGUGCCGGUAUUGUUCCGGUCAAUUUCCGCCGCGUGCCAUGCAGAAAGAAAGGAGGGAUGAGAUUCACAAUCAACGGCUUCCGUUAUUUUAACCUAGUUCUAAUCACCAACGUCGCGGGUGCAGGGGAUAUCAUACGGGCCAGUGUCAAAGGGAUCAACACUCCGUGGAUGCCAUUGAGCCGCAACUGGGGCCAAAACUGGCAAUCUAAUGCUGUCCUCGUUGGGCAGGCCCUGUCUUUUAGGGUCACAGGCAGUGACCGUCGCAUUUCAACCUCUUGGAACGUGGCACCAUCCAAUUGGCAAUUUGGUCAGACCUUCAUGGGCGAGAACUUCAGGGUCUGAAACACCAAAAAGAAAAAUUGAAAGUAUUCCUAUUCCAAGUUUAACUUUUCAAACCCGUUAGUCCAUUAGUAAGUACCGUGACAAAGCAAUUGUUGCUCACCUGAUACGAUUGUAUAAAGUCAC